AUGUGUGCAAAAGGUGGCUUCAAAGCAAGCUUGGUAGGAUUCUGUUACACGGGCAGUAAAUGUGUUCACUCUCUGCCUUUUGGUGUUGGUGUCCUCCGCAAGGCCUCCAGUUCACAGACCAGCUCUCACAGGAUACGGCUGUACGAGAGAGAUGACUACCGGGGCCUUGUGUCUGAGCUCACGGAAGACUGCUCCUGCAUCCACGAUCGCUUCCGCCUCAGUGAGAUCUACUCUCUGAACGUGCUGGAGGGCUGCUGGGUCCUCUACGAGAUGCCCAACUACCGGGGCCGGCAGUACCUGCUGAGACCCGGAGACUACAGGCGCUACCACGACUGGGGCGCCAUGGAUGCCAGGGUAGGCUCUCUGAGACGGGUCAUAGAUUUGUACUAA